AUGGCUGCGACGGACGACUGGAGCGAGUAUCACAAGAGAUGGGAGAACAUCUGGAGCAACGGCCUUGAGCCCAACCAGCUGUUCGACAUCGGAGGCGCUCAUCCCAUCCUCGUCCAGACGCUCCGGACCGGGGACGUCAACUCCACCGGACGCCGAGCCCUCGUCCCGGGCUGCGGGCGCGGGUACGACGUUGAGGAGUUCGCCAGGAACGGGGCGGUCGCGGUGGGGCUCGAGAUCAGCGCCUCCGCGGCCCGGGCGGCGAACGACUACAUCGCGACCACCUCCCUGUCAGACAGCCAGAAGAAACUGGCCACGGUUGUCGAGGGGGACUUUUUCGCCGGUCCGACGGACGGCGUCGGCCAGGUCGCCCUCGGCUACGACUACACCUUCUUCUGCGCGAUCCGGCCAGAUAUGCGUCGGCAAUGGGCCGAGACGUGGGCCCAGUGGAUCGAGCCUGGCGGCGAGCUACUCACCAUGAUGUUCCCCUGCCGGGAGGAGGUGGAGCCAAGCGCGGACGGGCCGCCGUUCUCGGUGCACCCGGACGCGUACAGGGCGGUGUUGGAGCCUGCUGGGUUUGAGGUGGUGCGCAUCACGGACGUUCCGGCUGAGAUGAGCCACAAGGACCGCGUCGGACGCGAGAAGAUCGGCAUCUUCCGGCGCAAGUGA